AUGUCAACCCUACCAGAGGUAUCGGAAAAGGUCGACCUCGGCCACCAGAAUAAUGAUUCUAAGGUCAGCAACACUUCUCUCGUUUCCGAUGAAUUAUACACGAAUCCCACCGGUAUAAACGAGAAACCACUCCUUCGGAAAUUAGAUUGGAAACUCCUUCCCCCGCUCACAAUUCUGUACCUACUGUCUUUCCUGGAUAGAAGCAAUGUUGGGAAUGCGAAACUAGAAGGCUUGGACAAGGACUUGAAUAUGACUGGAAACCAAUACUUGGCCACCUUGACGAUAUAUUUUAUAGGAUACGUUCUGUUUGAGAUUCCUUGCAAUAUCGUCUUGAAGCGUACCACUCCUAAGUUAUGGUUACCGACUCUCAUGCUCUCCUGGGGCAUCGUCGCCACCCUAAUGGGAAUCUCACAAAACCUCGCCGGUUUUCUAGUCGCCCGAUUUUUCCUCGGCGUCACGGAAAGUGGUCUGUUUCCGGGCGUGGUCUUCUACCUAUCCAUGUGGUAUAAGAGGACCGAAACCCAUUACCGCAUUGCACUAUUCUUCUCCGCGGCCUCCCUUGCUGGAGCAUUCGGCGGCAUCUUUGCAUAUGGGAUCGGAUUUAUGAAAGGCGUUGGGGGUCUGAAUGGCUGGCGGUGGAUUUUCAUUCUAGAAGGUCUUUUAACCCUCGUAAUUGCGGUCAUUGCAUACUUCUUCAUCCACAACUACCCCUCCACUGCCCCUUUCCUCACCGAGCCCGAACGAGCCUAUAUCCACGCCCGCCUCAAGAACGACUCUGACGCGACCAACUCGGAAGAGUUUGCCUGGAGCAACGUGUUAGCCGCACUAAAAGACUACAAAUGCUGGCUCUAUGGCUUCGGAUUCCACACCAUGUCCCUCCCCCUUUACACCCUAUCCCUCUUCCUCCCAACCAUCAUUAAGAGCCUUAACUACACCGCGGCGCAAGCCCAACUCCUGACCGUCCCCCCUUAUGCCGUAGCCGCCAUAUUUACAGUGAUAAUCGCCAUCCUCUCCGAGAGGACGCACAAACGCGCCCCUUUCAUCAUCGGCUGCUCAUCACUCGCCAUCAUCGGCUACAUAAUCCUCCUCAGCACCCCGCCCACAAAACCUGGCGUCGCCUAUGUAGGAACCAUCUUCGCAGCAGCAGGAAUCUACCCCUCCACAGCCAUUGUGCUUUCCUGGCCCGCGGCCAAUGUCUCAGGGCAGUCAAAACGCGCCACUGCUACAGCGAUGACGAUCACGAUUGGAAACCUAGGUGCCGUGCUAGGGACCCAGUUGUACCGUCCGGCAACCAGCCCGAGAUGGUUUCUAGGCCAUAGUUUCGCGUUGGGGUAUUUGUGUUUGAAUCUGCUGAAUACUGGCAUAUUAUGGGCUUGCUUGAAUAGGGAGAAUGCGAGGAAGAGGGAGCGGGUUGCGAAUGGAGAGGUCGGUGGAGGUGAAGAUGGGACGGUUAAAAAUGAUGAUGAUGUGGGGUUUAUUUUCCAGACUUAA